GAAAAAGAAGAAGAGAUCAGAGAAUUGAAGGAAGAUGAGUGGCAUUGCUGAAAGAUGGAGGGUUCUAAGUGGUAGUGAUAACUGGGAAGGGCUACUGGACCCUUUGGAUUCGGAUCUCCGCCGCUACCUCAUUCACUAUGGAACCAUGGUUUUACCUGCAAGCGAGGCUUUCAUAAACGAAGCAGCUUCAAAAAAUGUGGGAUUAUCACGAUAUGCCAGGAGAAACCUCUUUGAAAAUACAGGACUUGUGAAGGGAAACCCUUUCAAAUAUGAAGCCACCAAAUACUUUUAUGCAACAUCUGGAUUCCCAAUCGGAGAUUCAGGGUAUACUGUGAGGCCAACCCGAGCGGAUGCAGUGCUAAAGGAAACAAACUGGAAUGGAUAUGUUGCUGUGGCCACUGAUGAAGGAAAAGUUGCUUUAGGACGAAGAGACAUUCUGAUCGUUUGGAGGGGAACAAUCCGAGUGUCAGAAAAGAUUACUGAUAUCACAUACGUUUUUGUUAAAGCGCCAUUAAUCUUUGGCCAAAACUCUGACCCUUUGGUGCAUAGGGGUUUUUACGAUAUGUAUACCACCGCCAGCAUUCAAGAUGCUCAACUCAAUGGAACCAGUGCCCGAGAUCAGAUUCGUGAAGAAGUUGCAAGACUUGUUGAGUUAUACAAGGACGAGGAAAUUAGCAUAACCGUGGCAGGACACAGCUUGGGUUCAGCCAUGGCAACACUAAACGCAGUAGACAUGGCUGCCAAUCCAAUCAACAAUAAUAAAGAUAUUCUUGUCACUGCUUUCUUGUAUGCAAGCCCCAAAGUAGGGGAUGAGAAUUUUAAGAACGCCUUCUCUAAUCAACAAAACCUUCGAGCCUUGCGAAUCUCCGACGUCAAUGAUGGUGUUACAAAUCUUCCUCCACCUGCACCUAUAGAUGGUAACAUACUGCCAUUAAUACCUUACGCAGAUGUGGGGGAGGGUAUUGCAAUUGAGUCUAAGAAAUCCGAGUAUUUGAAGCCUGAAAUUGAUAACCUGUUAACUCACGACUUGAUACUUUACAUGCAUGGAAUUGAUGGAUACCAGGGGUCUCAGGGAGGGUUUGAGCGUCAAGGUUACUUUGACCUUGCCAAAGUUAAUAAGUACCAGGGUGCUUUGAAAGACGAGUAUCAUAUACCGGCGGCAUGGUUGAACAUAAAAGAUAAUGGAAUGGUUCAGCAGGAGGACGGAACUUAUAUUCUUGAUGAUCAUGAACCGGAUGAGACGUUUUAAACACAAACUGUUUCGUGUAUGUGUGUUUGAAUAAAGUCUUCUAUAUAUAAUCAAUUAGUAGUUAGUGUGUUUUGAAUAAGAAUGGAGCUGAGGCAACUAGCUAGCAGCUUGUACGUGGCUAGCUGUCUAGUCCAAUGCAUGUGUGCUUGUAUUUGAAUUAUAUAUUAUGUCGCAAUCAUCUUUCUUCAUCAGCAAUAUAUAUAAUAUAAUAAAAGACUUGAAUUAUAUU